UGACCACUUCUUUGUUUCCAGCUAAUGGCAAGUUACCCGUGGUUGCAACUUCCGAUCUUAAAGUAACUACCGUUCCACUCACUUCUAAUCCUCCUGGACCCCAAUCGGUUGCUCCAACGAUUCAGAAAAUUCCUACUUCUAAUGCAUCCCCUACAUCUGUGUUCGGUGCAUCCCCCACAUCCGUGUCCGGUGCAUCCCCUACAUCUGUGUCCCGUGCAUCACCUACAUCUGCUCCUAUAAAAUCAAAUGACGCACCAACUCAAAAACCAAAUUUGGCAAACUCUUCUAAAUCAUCAAUUACAAAAACCGUAUUUAGUACUGUUGCUACUUUUGUUCCAGGAUUUACUUCUGCGGUUACGACUACUGAUUCUAAUGGUGAUGUAACUGUAGUAAACGCUUACGUCCCACCAACCACUAUUGUGGCUGUUAAUUCGGUAGUGACCGCUGUACCUGCAGAUGACCAAAACUCCAUGGCCUUUUCUUCUGCAAAUAUUAGCUCAAGUUUCUGGGGAAUGUGGUUAAGUUUAGGAAUUGGGUUUAUAAGUUUCCUAUUAGUCGCUUAG